AUGGAUCACUAUUCGCAAUGUUGCUCGAUUCCUCACGGCACGUCCAAUGAUCUACUUCUUCAAGUCCCCAUUCGCUGGACCCCGCCCCACUCGCCAUGCGCCCAAGACGUGGCGAUGCGCGCUGGCGAAACUGGUAACCCGUCCGUAAGAAGUCGCGGAUUCCCUGUCGGUUUGCACCUUCGUCCAGACGACGCCGCUGGCGACUUCGACGCAUCUCAGCACCCAACCGCUGGCGGCAGCUUCGGCGAACCGCCCAUUGUGUCCCCCCGACACUACCCUCUUCCUCCUCAUCCCCCGCACCGGCAAUCUUCCGCCGAAAGCCCCCGUGGUACCGCGGCGGGAGGUCCCCGCGAAUUUCCUCGGCAACGCAGCGGCAGGCGCGCGGCGCGCGGCGCCGCCGAUGCAUGCGCCGCCGUUGCGCGCCUUGGCGGCGGCGAAAUCAUCCUCGAGACGGAAAGCGGCGAAACAGCGCUUCGAGCAGUAACGACCGAACCGCUUGUACCGGAAAAACCCGCCGUUUCUGGCAGGCCCGCAUCGCACGAUGACGGAAGCAAACCCCACGAAGGAGCUUCGAAGGCGCACGAUAUUACGGACACUCCUGCUCGAUAUCACGAUAUUACCUCCCCGGGGAACGACGGACACUCGUGCGGCAGCGGCAAGCAUUCCCGCGCAAGCGGCGGGCACUACAAUCUUUUCUCGCGCAGCAGCAGCAGGGAUGACGGGCGUUCUUGCGGAAGCGGUGGGGAUGACGCGCACUCCCGCGGAAGCGGCGGGGAUGACGGGCACUCCCGCGGAAGCCUAAGCGGAGGGCACUUUAACCUCUUCCCGCGCAGCAGCGACGCGCACUCCCGCGGGAGCGGCGGGGAUGACGGCCACUCCCGCGGAAGCGUAAGCGGAGGGCACUUCAACCUCUUCCCGCGCAGCAGCGGGGACGACCGGCACUCGCGCGCAAGCGGCGGGGAUGACGCGCGCUCUCGCGCAAGCGGCGGGGAUGACGGGCAUUCCCGCGCAAGCGGGGGGGACGACGCGCACUCCCGCGCAAGCAGUGGGCACUACAACCUCUUCUCGCGCAGCAGCACGCGGAAAGAACGAGCCGUUUCCGCCGCAACAAGCGCCGCCACUGCCGUUUCGACAGCUGCGGCUGCGGCAGGGGCACCUGGGGAACCUUCGCCACUGGCAAGGCGGCUGACUAGAGCGGAGCACUCCGCAAUUUCAGGCAGCGGGGAUCAUGGCGGCGCGACCUGGCGCAGGGAGAGCGGUGCUGGUGGGUUUUCCAGCGGUGUGGCUCGGUCCAUGAGCCGAGAUAGUGGCGAUGGGGGUGUGGCGUGGGGGCGGGAAGGGGUGAGGAGGAUUAACACGCCUCCGGUGGGGCAUGGCAUGUGGGGCAGGGAGCAAGGGGGGAGUGGCGGCGAGUGCGGUGGUGUGCGGUUGGGAGACGUGGGGAGGGGUGACAGGGAGUGCGAUGGGGCGUGGAGGAGUAACUGGGAGUGCGGCAGCGCGGGGUGGGACCAGGGGGAGCGUUACAGCAUGGGCAGCAACACGAGCAGCGUUGAUAACAGCGUUGCAAGCAGCAGCUACGGUCAAACUGCUUCCCACGGAAUGACGGGAAUGACUCAGCGUUUUGGGUCGUCUCACCACAACGAACGCGAAUCGCCAUACCAUACACGCAACACCAACCACAACUCUCCUCCUGUCAGCCACGUGUCUCAUGGCUAUGCUGACUCAGCAUCCGGCGCAGCAGCAGCCUUCGUGCCGUCACCACCCGGGAGCACACCCGCAUCAUGCGGUGGAGUGGCACCAUCCCACGUGGCACCAUCCAAUGUGGCACCAUCCAACGUGGCACCCGGACACGUGGCAUCCAGUGGCGGCUGCAGGGUGUUCUCUUCGGAGCAGCUGGUCGCAGCAACCAAUGGUUUCCACUCCUCCAACCUGCUCGGCGCUGGCGCCUUCGGCCAGGUGUUCAAGGGCAACCUGCUGGGCUGCGAGGUGGCAAUAAAGAAGCUCCAAGGCAACGGGUGGCAGGGCGAGGAGGAGUACGGCGCAGAGGUGCAUGUGCUGUCGCGCAUGCGCCACCCACACAUCGUGUUCAAGGGGAGUUUGUUAGGCUGUGACGUGGCAAUCAAGAAGCUGCAAGGCAACGGGUGGCAGGGCGAGGAGGAGUACGGCACAGAGGUGCAUGUGCUGUCGCGCAUGCGCCACCCACACAUCGUGCUGCUCAUGGGCCACUGCCCCGCCCUCUCCUGCCUUGUCUACGAGUUCCUACCCGGAGGGGACCUCUCACAACACCUCUGCUCUGCUGCUGCUGCUGCUGCUGCUGGUGGUGCUGCUGGUGCUGCUGCUGCUGGCGGUGCUGCUGCUGCUGCUGCUGCUGCUGCUGGCGGUGCUGCCGGUGCUGGUGGUGCUAGUGGUGCCGCUGCGACCGGCACUUUGUCUUCACUCUGCCGCCCGCUCUCCUGGCCAGAUCGGAUCAGAAUCUUAUCUGAAAUCUCCGGCGCACUGCUCUACCUGCACCAGCACUCGCCCCCGAUCGCCCACCGCGACUUAAAGCCCCAGAACAUCCUCCUCGAUACAAGCCUGCGCGCUAAGCUGGCAGAUGUUGGCCUGGCUCGCCUGAUCGACUGCGGUAACGGGGAUGAAUACUGCGGUGGAGAUGGGUCUGGCGGGUACGGAGGAGGCGGAGGAGGGGGGAAUAUGACGGCGAGAGUGAGGGGAACGGUGGGGUAUAUAGACCCCGAGGAGCUGGUAACGUGUGAGGUGUCGGUUCUGGGGGAUGUUUAUGCACUGGGGGUGGUGAUGCUGCAGAUGCUGAUGGGGAUUCCGGACGUGAAGCAAACUGUGAAGUGGGACCGUGGUGCGGCAGCUGAGGUGGCAGCGAUCGCAAUCUGCUGCACCAAUAGGAGGAGAGCAAGCCGGCCGGAUCUUGAAAGGGAGGUGCAUGAGGUGCUGAUGCAACUGGCGGAGGAGAGUGCUGGGUGUGCGGAGAGGCAGCAGGAUGAGGCCAACAGUCACCUGCUCUGCCCUCUGUCUAAGAUGCGCAUGAGGGAACCGGUGGUGGCAGCAGAUGGGUACACAUAUGAGAGGGCAGGAAUCGAGAAAUGGAUGGAGACCAGCAACAGAUCUCCCAUUACAGGGGAGCUUUUCGCGCAUCCAAUGCUCACUCCAAACAAUGCAAUGAGUGUUAUCAUCAAAUAA